CUUAAAGCCAGUUUCUAACACAUAUCAUUAAUAUAACUCUCUCUCUUUAUAUCUCUUCCUAUUUUUGUGAUUUAUAUGCUAUAAUUCACUGUUGAUAGAAAUAUGAAGGAAAAAUCAAUAGAGAAGUUUUUUAUGUUGCCAUUUUCUAUAGUGUGUGGUUCUGAGUCAAGUAUUGCAGUGAGUACCACUAGCCAACCUGGGAAAAGAAAGACUAAUCCAACUGAGAAAUCAAAAAGCCAAGAAGGAGAAGGAGAAGAGAGCUCAUCAAGUGUAAAGAUGAAGAGCUUUUGGGGAUUUUUGGCCAUGACAAGACCAACAUUUUCACAAAAUAUUCAAAGAUUGAAAAUUCAUUUCAAAGGUUUCUCCCAAUUAUUUGUGCACAAAGAAGAGGCAGAAGAAGUGGAAAUGAAGAUAGAAAUAGGGUAUCCAACAGAUGUAAAGCAUGUAACACACAUAGGGUGGGAUGGAUCAACAACAAUUAACCCUAUCAAAGGAUGGGAAAAUUUGAAAACUCCUCAAUUAAUUUCUUUUCCUUCAAUUUCCAUUAAACAAUUUGAACAUGCUAUGGCUGCCCAAGCUGGUGGACCUGUAGAUGUGAAUAACAACCAUUGUGCUUGACUUUAAUAUUUUUAUUUGUAAUUUCAUCUUGUUUUUCAUUUCAGUUUAUAUUCUUUUGGGAUUGUGUGUGUGAAAAUUAGAUUGUAUAUAUAUUGUUAAAAUUAGUAAAGAAACUUCUUUUCCUUUUGGAAA